UGGGUGCGUCAACCAGUUGACAUAGGGUUUUGACGGUAUCGCAUAACUUAUUACUGAGACGGGAACCGACAGGUUUAAACUAUUAAUAACAGAAUAUAAAGUGCAUUCAGUUUAUUUUAUUCGCAAACAAGGCAUCAUUUUGACGAGGCUCUCGAUUUUGUUCUGUUUUCAGUGAAAAGAUAAGAAAAUGAAAUCUCUUUUUAAAAUUUGGACCCUGGAUCGUAAGAAAAAAAGCUUCAUUGUUGUUGAUGAUGAGGAGAGUGGCGAUUUGUAUGCCGAACUUAUUUUAAAAGCCUCCGCAAAGUUCGGAAUUAAUGGGUCAUCAUUGGUCUUGGAAGAAGAUGGAACGCCUAUAGACAACGAAUGUUUAAGUUUUGUUAAAGAAAAAACUUUUACUUUAUUGGCCAAGGAUGAAAAGUGGUUCAAAAUAUCGUCCGAGUGUGGCAGUACAUCAUCUUCAAUGGCUACUACCGUAACUGUGGAAUCCGACUAUUCGAAACUCACAGCCUCGGACGCAACGGGUAAUUCUUCUAUAGAAAUAACAACAGUUACUGAUUGUAACACCGAGUAUUAUUGGCACACUUUUGAAAUUCCUUAUGAAGCUCUAAGUGAGGAACAUAAGCAAUUACUGGAAAAAGGAGUGUGCCCUAAGCAAGUAAAAUCUAACUUGGUUCAUCUGAUUGUAAAUAAAAUGAGGUCGUUAAAAAAAAAUAUACCAAGCAAAGCAUUCAAAAUAAUAAGCAAAAAAUUGAUUGACAAAUAUCCUGUGGCUCUAAGGGAUAUCGACGAGGAUGGAAUUGUGUUAGGAGAUGGAACGCAUUCUCUUAUGCACAAACUACAGGAACGCAACAAUUAUCUAAACAGGCCGCAUAAAAAUACUAAUUUGCUUUCUGAAAAUCCAGUUAAAACAAAAAAAAGACAAGUUAGUGCAAGUGCAGGUUGCACUAAUUGGUCUCCUCAGUUACCAGCUAUAUCAGAAGAAUAUAAAAGCCGGGAAGAAAUUUCAUCGAUAACAGAAGAAAAUUUUGUAGAUGUAAUGGAAAAAAGUUAUGCCGAACAAAGGCAGUUUCUGAACAGGCUUCCCCCACCAUCCAUAACAGAAAUACAAGAGGAUUGGCCAAUUCUUCUUUCUAAAAAGGCAAUUUUUUGGCACUUUUCAAAACUAACAAGCUGCGAUAUACACUUAUUAGAUCAGAGUAAAGGAAAAAUUGAAAAGCUAGUACGCUAUUGCCAAAAAACUACUAAGGGUAAUGAAAAUUCUAAUCCUGACACAGAACCCAUUAAUGAUCUUUUUCUCCAACUCUUAAAAGAAUUAACUCAAAGAUUUAAGGAAAAAUUGGAUGAAAUUUACGUUAAAUUUGAUAAGAAUCUAUUUGAAUUGGUUGAAGAAGAUUUGCCUAUCACACCCGUCAUUCUUCAUAUACAAAAUGACAAUAUAUCUCAUUUUUGGAUAUAUUUGGAAAAACAACAAAUAUGUAGCGAGGGAUACGAAGCCCUGGAAGAAGCUUUCAAAGUACUUUUUGCGAUCUUUUUCAAUUUAAAUAUUAAAUAUCCACCAAAAACAUACGUAACGCUGGAACUCAUACAACGCUACAUAUUUAAAAUCCACCCGGACACUGGAUCAAAAUCCAAGAAUGUAGCAGCAACGAAAAAAAAGAUUUUUUCAUUGUUAAAUAAACUUGCAUAAUUUAUAAUAACUAAAAAAAAAAUUAUUCAUUAAGAAUGUUACUUUGUUUUCAUUUUUUUAUGUUUUUUUAUUAACAAUGAAUAGAGUUUGACUUCUGUUGAUUUUUCAUAAUUUUUAGAAUAAAUAUACACAAAAAUUUAAGUACUCUUAACUGUAGAAAUGAUAUUUGGUUGUAUCAACUUUUGUUAAUAGUCUUUUAAACUAUUAAAUAAGGAGUUCUCAAAAUAUUAAUAAAAAUUUAUUUUUUUUAUUUUUAAAUGUAAUUAUUCUAAAAAUUAUUUCCAAUUGUUAAGGAUGU